AUGCCAGAACCCAUUCACAUAUCGACAAGUCGCGUCCAGUAUCAAAUAAACUCUACUCAACACCACGCCAUGCAACCCAAGACACUUACUCAAGUAGAUUCAGGAUACCAAUCUACAAGUUCAGUUGAUAUAUACGCUGCUUUAUGUGAUAACUAUGCUUUAUUUGGGCAAAAUGGUAUGGGAAUACACGCCAUACGUCGCAAACUGCAGAAUGAAGACGCCAAUAUCACAUACUUGACCGAAGAACAGGCAGCUAAAUUAAAGGAUACAAUUUAUGUGGAUCCACUACUUUCACAUGACAACGAUUUCUGGGUAUCUACACAGUCUUUAGAGUGCAUGCAUCACAAAUUAGAAGCGUCAUUUAAUAAAUGUGACGAGUGCUUUGCGGAUGACCAAGUAGCAGACAUGUCCCAUACAUCUGGCGAUCCUAUUUUUUUUCAAUCUUCGUUUCAAAGACGCAUCUAUAUGGAUAUUCAGACUCGACAAGACUCUGUAGAUGCAUGCAACUACAAAAGUGUUUAUUCAAGAAAAUCCAAACGGACCAAGAUAUUGCGUAGAUGGUGGAAAUCAAAUCCAAAACACGAUUAG